UUUCUUGACGUCAUAACGCGUCUGGUAAAGGGCAAAAAUGGAGAAGAUAUGAAUAAUUGCAUUAUAUAAGAAAAAAUGAAUCAUUUAUACUUAUUUUUGUGCAUUUUCCCUGUUAUAGGGUAUGGCUCUGGGACAGAAACACAUACAGUUAUAACAGCGAAGACUAAAAUUUUAAAAACACCUGGAAUCAUAAGAAAGGAGGAACCGACACUUGAAGGUUGUGCCAAGGCCUGUCUUGAGGCGAUUAACAUCAAAUGCCAUUUUUUCAAGUUUGUAAAUACUACAAAAAGUUGCUACUUAUCCGAAACUGAUAGAGCAGAAGUCCGUCAAGUUGUUGACGAGGACUCACACCAUAUGGCCCCAAAUGGUGCAAUGGGAGGAAGCCACAAACACAAGACAAGCAGUGCAAACGGACAUCACAAACAAGGAAACGUAAAACACAAAACAGACAAAGUAAGGAUCGGACGCAAAAAAAUAAAAAGCACCAAACACCUACAAGGCAGAAGACCCAAAGGAAAAAUAAUAAGGCAUAAAGCUUUAAAACAUACAGCUUCCGAAAAUGAUGAACAGCAAGAAGACAAAGAGCCCAAAAACGGAGAAAGUAAAGAUUUAAAAAAACAAAAGGCAAACCUUAUGAAGCAUAUGCAUGAAUAUGUAGAUAAAAUCAAGGAACAUGUUGAAAAAUUGAAAGAGGCAAAAUCAAAAAUCACCAAUUUGUAUGAUGAUGUGGAAGGAAUUAAAACUACCGUUAAACAUCUCACGCAAAAAUACAAAGCAGGAGAAGGCUCAGUACAUACGUUACAUAAGUUCCUUCAUAAAGCUUAUAAAAAAAUAGAUGAAAACAUAGAAACAAUUAACCAAACUGCGGUAUCUCAAAAACAUCUAAUGAACAUAGUCAAGAAAAUGAAGGAUACGUACGAAAAAUUAUACACUUAUACAGAAAAGUUCAAUUCUUCUACUAAUGACAUAAGGUCAGAACUUACAAAGAUAAGAAAAUUUGAGAAGUCGUUAAAAGCACAUUUAGAUAAAAUGAAGAAAAACUCUGACAAAAUCGCCACACAGAUUGCAAAGAUUAAAUCCUCAAUAAAUGGCACCAGUGAUAAUGAGACCGUUCAGAAAAUAAAAAAUAACCAAAUAAUGAUAGUAAAAACGAUCAUGGGAAUACACAGAAAAGGGAAGUCUUUCGGAAAGCAUUUGAAACAAUUCCAUUCUAAGAUUGGUCGAGUAUGGGCUGCAAUGAAAUCAGGUUACAGGAGACACAGAUAUUUAAAGGAUAGACUGAAAAAACUGACUGAUUUAGUAGAAACUCUUAAGAAUAAACCUGUAGUAAGGGUUAAAGGCGAUUCACAGAUGUCAAAGGAUUUUAAUACGAAAUAUGCAGAAUUAUCUAAACUGCAGACAGUUGUUAUGGGCAGACUUAAACUGAUGGAAAAACAGCUGAAUAAGGGAGGACUAACUGGUAGUAUUAACAAAUUGAAUGAGAGACAACUUUAUAUUUUCAACAAGCUGAACAAUGAGAAUGUCAGUCAGAAAGAUCAAUUGAAAAAGAUGGAUACUUUAGAUAACAAAAUUAAGGAUUUGACUAAGGCAAUGCAAACUAGCAAUGCCACCAUAAACAAACUUAAUAACAAAAUUACAAUGAACAAUCAGAGACGAAAAAUGACGGACGCUGGAUCUUCUAAAGCAAAACAGGAGUUGAUGUCGACAACAACAAAAGAAUACAAACGUUUGAACCAUGUUGUGAAUGACCUAACGAAACAGAUAACCAAGAUGAAACACAAGCAGACAAAAACUACAGAACUCACAGCAAAUUACAAGAAUCUGCUUGAAGAGGUAAAGGGAUUAAAAGACAAAUUAGGCAAUGCCACCAAGACACCUGUGGUCAAGAUAUUUAAUAAGAAGCAAAAGAAUACAGGGAAAAGCAGAUCAAGAGGGACAAAAGCUCAGAACAAAGUUAAACCAAAUAGAGUGAAAAUUAUAAAGAAUAUUAGACCGAAAGUGACCAUUAAACCAACGGUUACAAUUAGGCCAAAAGUUGAAAUCAAACCAAAAGUGAAGAAAGUAAACAAGGUAAAGACAAAUAAACCGAUAGUUAAGAACCAAAAGAAAAUAAUUGAAAAAGUGAAGAAGAUAAGGAAAAACAUGUCAAAAGAAAAGAAAAUCAAUAAAGUAAUGCCAAAAGUUACAAACGUAAAGAAAGUAGCACCAAAAGUGACGAAAAUUACCAAAAUUAAGCCAAAAGUUACGAAGAUAAAGAAAGUAGAGCCAAAAGUGAAGAAAAUUACCAAAAUUAUGCCGAAAGUUACGAAGGUAAAGAAAGUAGAACCAAAAGUGAAGAAAAUCACCAAAAUCAUGCCAAAAGUUACGAAGGUAAAGAAAGUAGAGCCAAAAGUGAAGAAAAUUACCAAAAUUUCGCCAAAAGUUACAAAGGUUAAGAAAGUAGCGCCAAAAGUGACAAAGGUAAAGAAAGUAGAACCAAAAGUGAAGAAAAUUACCAAAAUUUCGCCAAAAGUUACAAAGGUUAAGAAAGUAGCGCCAAAAGUUACGAAGGUAAAGAAAGUAGAGCCAAAAGUGACGAAAAUUACCAAAAUCAAGCCAUCAGUGAAGAAAAUUAAGAAAGUUGAACCAAACGUGAAGAAAGUUAAGAUUGUCAAACCAAAAGUGACGAAAAUUACGAAAAUUAAGCCUAAAGGUAAAAACAAUUAUGAUGUUUACUUACAGGAUAAUGUAUUAUUGAUUUCAUUGUUCCUAUCAACAUUAAAUUUUCCAUUCCUUUCCACCAUGAAAGGGGAAAGGAGUAGGGGUGAAAUCAAUUGA